ACACAUAUUAUGAAUAGAGGGCCACUCUGCCAAACUCUCUUCAAAGAAAAAUAUGUACUCUUGAGAAGGAUACAUAUCUCCUGCUCACACACUGAUAAAAAGGAAGUUAAUUACCGUAUAUACAGUUAUAUAUAUUUAUAAGAUGAUGAAGAAGAGAUCAAGUUGGUCCUUUUCCUCUUUGUGCAACGGGAGCUGUCGAAGCAAUUCUUCUGAUCAUGAUCAUCAAGACGAUGAAGUGAUGGCCGAGAAAAAGAAUGGAAAAAUUGUUUAUGAUGAUUCAGUCAAAAGAAACUCCGGUGGAUGGAAGGCCAUCUCUUUUAUUUUAGGAAAUGAAACUUUCGAGAGAUUGGCAACGUUCGGAUUAUUGGCAAACUUUAUGGUGUACCUAACCACAAAGCUUCACAUGGAUCAAGUAUCAGCUUCUAACGUUAUGAACAUUUGGGGUGGUAUCACCAAUUUCGCACCUUUGAUUGGGGCUUUCAUCUCUGAUACCUUUGCUGGUCGCUUCUGGACUAUUGCUGUUGCAUCUUUUGCUUCUCUUUUGGGAAUGGUGACGGUGACUAUGACAGCCUGGUUACCGCAGCUACAUCCUUCCGCGUGCACAAAGCAACAAUUAGACUUGGGACAGUGCCAUGGCCCAACUCAAACUGAAUUGGGUUGUUUGCUGCUAGGCCUCGGCUUCUUAUCCAUAGGCACCGGUGGUAUCAGGCCAUGCAGUAUUCCUUUCGGCGUGGAUCAGUUCGAUCCGACCACCGACCAAGGACGAAAUGGAAUCAACAGCUUUUUCAACUGGUAUUAUACCACAUUCACGGUGGUCCUACUAAUCACUCAGACUGUGGUCGUUUACAUUCAAGACCACCUGAGUUGGGUGAUAGGUUUUGGGAUUCCGACAGUUCUCAUGGCCUGCUCGAUUGUAUUCUUCUUCGUUGGGGCUCGUCUUUAUAAUCACGUGAAACCAGAGGGUAGCAUAUUUUCAGGUAUUGCUCAGGUUUUCGUUGCUGCUUUUAAGAAGCGUCACCUUCAGAUUCCGGCAGCCAGUGAUGUCGACGGAGAUGGCACAGUCUUAUUUUAUGAUCCACCACUGAAAGGAGUUAUUUUGUCAAAACUCCCUCGAACCAAUCAGUUCAGGUAUUUUGACAAAGCAGCUAUAAUAUUAGAAAACGAGGUAAACCCAAUAAACGGCACUCCCGUCAACAAAUGGAGAUUAUGCAGCAUUCAACAAGUUGAAGAAGUGAAGUGCUUAGUGAGAAUCACACCAAUAUGGGCCUCAGGAAUCAUUAGCUUGACUGCCAUAGUCCAACAAUGGACUUUCACAAUCUCACAAGCUCUCAAAAUGGAUCGUCACAUGGGGUCUAACUUCGAGGUUCCAGCAGGGUCAAUCAGUGUCAUCUCGCUCAUGACCAUCGGCCUUUGGCUCCCUUUCUACGACCGCCUCCUCGUCCCGGCGCUCCGCCGAGUCACCAACCACGAGACUGGAAUCACACUCCUCCAGAGAAUUGGAAUCGGAAACAUAUUCUCAAUUCUCUCGAUGGUAGUGGCCGGAUUAGUCGAGAAGGAGAGAAGAGCAAGGGUUGACUCAGGGAUGGCGCCGAUGACGGUGUUCUGGUUGGCCCCACAAUUGGCCCUAAUGGGCUUUUGUGAAGCCUUUAACAUGAUAGGACUCAUUGAGUUUUUCAACCGUCAAUUUCCUGAUCACAUGAGGAGCAUUGGAAAUGCUCUGUUUUCCUGCUCUUUCGCUGGUGCUAGUUACACUAGCAGUGUUUUGGUUACGGUUGUCCAUCGGGUCACGGCGACCCAUGACCGACCAGAUUGGUUGACCAAUGAUAUUAAUAAAGGGAGGUUGGACUAUUUUUACUACCUUUUGGCUGGUUUGGGAGUCAUUAACGUUGUUUAUUUCCUCUAUUGUGCUAAUAGUUAUCGUUAUAAAGGGGCUGUCGUGGAAAUGGAGGACAGAGCUACAAAUAUUGUAGAUGUGGAGAUGAAUUCGGUGCUUAAUAAAGGGAUAACUACUUGAUCUUGGUGAUCAUCACCAUCAGGUAGUGAUUAUUGCUAGCUAGAAAUAAGUGGCGAUAUAUAUAUUUAUAUAAAUAUAUGUAAUAUUUAGCUUAUUUAUAUUGCCUAGUAACUCAUCACAAUGAUACAUAUAUAUAUGUACAAUAAGUCAAAAUUGUGAUUUUGUCGUUAGCCCGAUACAACAUCUUAUUAAAAAACAAAUUUCUGA